AGGAAAAUGGAAGAACUAAAAUUUAUCCCUGGAAACAAAUUUGCAAAGGACAGAAAUACACUUCCUGGUGUGUCUGAGAAGGAAACUGAAGAUAUCAAGGCUGCUCUCGAAGCAGGAGACCUCUCAGGAGCAGCUUAUGUGGCCCAUAAGUCUGACGAGUUGCUUAAAAAAACUGAGCUCAACAUUGCGAUCACAGGGGAGUCAGGAGCUGGGAAAUCGUCCUUCCUCAAUGCCCUCCGGGGCCUGGGAGAUGAAGACAAAGAUUCUGCUAAGACUGGAGUGGUAGAGACGACCAAAAAACCAGAGCCGUACAAGCAUUUUAAGUACCCCAAUGUGAUCUUCUGGGACCUGCCAGGGAUCGGAACCCCAGAUUUUAAGCCAGACACGUACCUGGAGCAGGUGAAAUUUGAUCGCUAUGAUUUCUUCAUCAUCCUCGCUUCGGAGCGGUUCAGAGCAAACCACGCCAGACUGGCCCAGGAGAUCCGGAGGAUGGAGAAGAAGUUUUACUUUGUCCGCUCCAAGGUGGACUUUGACUUGUAUAAUGAGAAAAGAAAACAAAACUUUGAUGAGGAGAAAACCCUGGACAAAAUCAGAAAUGACUGCAUCGAGCACCUGUCCAAAGAAGGGAUAAGCUCCCCAAAGGUUUUCCUUGUGUCGAGCAGGGAAUUUCAGAAAUACGAUUCUCCCAAACUGCAGAAAAAGUUGCUGAAGGAACUGGAAAGUCACAAGAAACACAUUUUUCUCCUGGCCCUACCUAACCUUUCCAAACCAAUAUUGGAAAAGAAGAAAAAGGCUUUGCAGAGGCAGAUCUGGAAACAAGCCCUGAAGUCGUGCGCCAUCGCAGCUGUUCCUCUCCCGGCUCUCUCGGUGAAGUGCGACAUUGGCAUCCUGGUGGAUAACAUGAGACAGUAUUGUGAGAGCUUUGGGCUGGAUGACAUUUCCCUCCAUGCACUCGCUAGCCAGGUUGGAAAGUCUGUCGCUGAGCUGAAGGACGUGAUCAAGUCGCCAUUGGCCAAAGAUAUCUCAAAAGAAACCGCUAAGGAGCAGCUGACUAAGGCUACAGGAAAGGGUCUAAUUUUAGCUAAACAUUUUAUCAGCAUGAUACCGGUGGCUGGGACCAUAUUUGCUGCAGAGAGGUCUUUCACAGUAACAUACAGAAUGCUGAACAGCUUUUUGGAUGACGUCGCUGAAGACGCCCAAAGAGUCCUUAUUAAGGCCUUGGAGAGAGAAGACAAAUGAAUAACGGCAACAAAAGACCAGUAAACUGGAUACACGCCUCUGGCAGAUGGAGAUUGGAGCCAACUAGGGGACAAUGGCAGAUUCUUCUGUACUCCAAUCUAAUGCAACAAAAGAAAAAAUACUGAAAAAGAUAUUCAGAGUUUGGGCUUUAAAAAACAAAGAUGUAAAAUAUACUUUAACUUCCUCUAUGUAAAUCAGUGGAGAUUCCUGAGUCCAAUGGAGCGACUGACCCCAGCUGCGGAUGUGGCCUAUCGCAUGUGGUGCAAACCGGUGCAGAGUCUGACCGUGACAAGCCAGCAGAGCUGUAAUCACAGUGCAAAACGUGAUCAGAAAAUAGUGAACCCGGAACCAGCUCCUUCCAGCUUUUGUUCUUUCCCUGAGUCCUUUUCCCUUUGCCAUUCAACGCUGGGUCAGACCAAUUCCACCCAAAGCCUGUGAACACAAUUCAUUAAAAGGACACCAUUAAAAAUCGACUUCUGAGCAGU